AUGAACAAUGGAUUCGAUGAUCAUGACAUUAUGAAUAAUGUUUGUUAUCAGAGUAUAAGUGCUGGAUUUGGCGGUCAUGGCAGCAUGAAUACUGGUUCUGUCGGUCAUGGCAGCAUGAAUGCUGGUUCUGUCGUUCAUAGCAGCAUGAAUGCUGGUUCUGUCGAUCAUGGCAGCAUGAAUGCUGGUUCUGUCUGUCAUAGCAGCAUGAAUGCUGGUUCUGUCGGUCAUGGCAGCAUGAAUGCUGGUUCUGUCGGUCAUAGCAGCAUGAAUGCUGGUUCUGUCGGUCAAGACAGCAUGAAUGCUGGUUCUGUCGGUCAUGGCAGCAUGAAUGCUGGUUCUGUCGGUCAAGGCAGCAUGAAUGCUGGUUCUGUCUGUCAUAGCAGCAUGAAUGCUGGUUCUGUCGGUCAUGGCAGCAUGAAUGCUGGUUCUGUCGGUCAAGGCAGCAUGCAUGCUGGUUCUGUCUGUCAUAGCAGCAUGAAUGCUGGUUCUGUCGUUCAUAGCAGCAUGAAUGCUGGUUCUGUCGGUCAAGACAGCAUGAAUGCUGGUUCUGUCGGUCAUGGCAGCAUGAAUGCUGGUUCUGUCGGUCAUGGCAGCAUGAAUGCUGGUUCUGUCGGUCAUAGCAGCAUGAAUGCUGGUUCUGUCGGUCAAGACAGCAUGAAUGCUGGUUCUGUCGGUCAUAGCAGCAUGAAUGCUGGAUCUGUCGGUCAAGGCAGCAUGAAUGCUGGUUCUGUCGGUCAUAGCAGCAUGAAUGCUGGAUCUGUCGGUCAAGGCAGCAUGAAUGCUGGUUCUGUCUGUCAUAGCAGCAUGAAUGCUGGUUCUGUCGGUCAUGGCAGCAUGAAUGCUGGUUCUGUCGAUCAUGGCAGCAUGAAUGCUGGUUCUGUCGGUCAUGGCAGCAUGAAUGCUGGUUCUGUCGGUCAUAGCAGCAUGAAUGCUGGUUCUGUCGGUCAUGGCAGCAUGAAUGCUGGUUCUGUCGAUCAUGGCAGCAUGAAUGCUGGUUCUGUCGGUCAUGGCAGCAUGAAUGCUGGUUCUGUCGGUCAUAGCAGCAUGAAUGCUGGUUUUGGCGACCAAUUAAGUAAGAAUAAUAUAUAUCGCUCUCAUUAG